GCCUGGGCCCUACCUAGCUUGGCUUAGACACCUGGGCUCCAGCUUCUUCGCUGAGGAGAUGGGGGGCUACGUUUAAUGUGAGGUUUAGGGUGAAGCCGGUUCUCAGUCUGCGCACUCGCCUAGUGCUCUGAGUCACUGGGGCCAGGGGCUUGCUGGGGUCCGCCUAAGUGGAGCCGAGGGAGCCCGCGGGAGGGCCUCCCCAGUCGUGUGGGGAAGCAUCCCGACCCUUUCUAGCGGUCUGGGGACUUCGGGCCUCUUGUCGGCUCUCCUCCACCGUUUCUGCUAGGUGGGAACACCCAGGCUCCCAAGGGAGGAGCGGGCUCUCUCGCAGGGGUCUUGGGAGGGCUCCAGGCGACUCAGGCAAUGUGGGAGUGACUGGCUGGAAAUCUUUGAAUCACAGAACGCAAGUGUAGGAUGGGAAACACACUUACUAUGUACGGUGUACCAUUUGCUGUGCUCAGUGCAUUUUCUUCUAAUAGAUAACAAGCCAGCAUACUCGUUUUGCAAAAGGAAACUUAGGAAACUAAGACCGAGGGUUGAAGGAUCUUGUUUGAGAGUUGUUUGCCCACGUGAACGUCUGUGCACACAGGUGUAAAUGUGGAGACCUACUCGUUCAGAGCAGUGGUUCUUAAUCUAGUAGAAAACAAGAUUUUCUGCGGCCCGUUUAAAUGCAGAUUCUCCGACCCUACCCCCAGAUAGUCUGACUGAGUAGGUCUGGAGUUGGGACAGGGGAAGCCAAGUGCGGGCCUGGUGGUCAGAAUUCCCAAUGACCUCUUGUGUACCAGCUGUGAGACCUAUUGCUCCAUUAUGGAUGGAGGGGAUGAUGGUAAUCUUGUUAUCAAAAAGAGGUUUGUGUCGGAGGCAGAACUAGAUGAACGGCGCAAAAGAAGGCAAGAAGAAUGGGAGAAAGUUCGAAAACCUGAAGAUCCAGAAGAAUGUCCAGAGGAGGUUUAUGACCCUCGGUCUCUCUAUGAAAGGCUGCAGGAACAGAAAGACAGGAAGCAGCAGGAGUAUGAGGAGCAGUUCAAAUUCAAAAACAUGGUAAGAGGCUUAGACGAAGAUGAGACUAACUUCCUUGAUGAGGUUUCCCGGCAGCAGGAGCUCCUGGAAAAGCAACGGAGAGAAGAAGAACUGAAAGAACUAAAGGAAUACAGAAGUAAUCUCAACAAAGUUGGAAUUUCUCCGGAAAACAAGAAGGAGGUGGAGAAGAAAGUGGCUGUGAAACCCAUAGAAACCAAGAACAAGUUCUCCCAGGCCAAGCUGUUGGCAGGAGCUGUGAAACAUAAGAGCUCAGAGAGUGGCAACAGUGUGAAAAGACUGAAAUCGGACCCUGACCCAGAUGACAAGAGUCAAGAAGCCCCGUCCUGCAUGUCUCUCAGCAGCACGUCCCUGAGCGCCCCUUCCAUCCACUGCCCCUCCGCUGCGGUCUGCAUCGGCAUCCUCCCGGGCUUGGGCGCCUACUCCGGGAGCAGUGACUCUGAGUCCAGCUCAGACAGCGAAGGCACGAUCAACGCCACCGGCAAGAUCGUCUCCUCCAUCUUCCGAACCAACACCUUCCUAGAGGCCCCGUAGCUCCUGUGUCCCUCCCAGAGCUCCUGCCCGAGUAGACCGGUGGGUUUGUUCCACCUCCGGGCAUCCCCUCCCUCAGAACUCCUUUGCCGCUUCCUGUGCACACCGUGACAUUUUUAACCUCAUCUAAAAAUGUGCCAGAAUCCACUGUGGCCCAUCUUGUGUUUGGUUUCUCUUUCUACUCCAGUGCAGGUGUGCGGCCCUGUCUUGCUUCCUCUUCCCUUGCCGUGGUGGUGGGGCGGGGGCCGCGGCUCCGCUGAGGUUCCCCCAGAAAUGCCCGGGAAGAUAGCCACCCGCUGGUGUGCAGUGUAUGGAUCCUGUUGCUUUCUUGUUUUCUUUGUUUCCCUUCCUGACGGCACAGAGAAGCAAGGGCAGUUAUGGGACAGACAUCAUUUAACCCUUCUCUUCUAGCUGAGCGCACCGUGUGGUUGUACUGCGCUGUGGAGCAUUUUGGGGGGUGGGGCGGAGGGAGGCCCCAGGUGAACUGCUGCACCCCCUUGGAACUGACCAAUUCUUGAUGUUGUGUGACUAAGUAAAGAUUAUAAACUACAUCUGCCAGGGGUGUCA